AUGGUCUCCGGUUCAGGGAUCUGCUCUAAAAGAGUGUUUGUGGAUGCGAUGCACCACAGGCUUGGCCGCUUGGCUUCCAUUUUGGCUAAAGAGCUCUUGAACAGCCGGAGAUUGUGGUCGUCCGAUGUGAUAAACAGCCUGGUGGUCUUAUUUUCAGAAGAUGAAGUACUUGAGGUUCCUUCGCAAGCGAAGGAAUACCAAGCCUUCUCAUGGCCCCAUUCACUUCCAAUGAUCCCUCACAAGACUAAGCGCGGAGAAGCUGCUCUUGCACGGUUGAAGGUGUUGAGGAUUCAGGUUGGGCACAAAUAUUGCCUGUUGGGCAAACUCUUAUCAGAAGUCGGAUUGAACAAUUAUGAAAUUAUCAGGGUAAUUUCAUCUUUUCAUUUACUUCUCUUACAUAUGUAAUAAUAUGUUUUAUAGGAAUUUGUCCAGAUAAGAUACAGAAAUUGGUGUUUCUAAUUCUUGGUCACUGUUUGGAAUGUACUUAGCAAUGUCCCAAUAUGUUUGCAUUUAUAUAUUCUUUUACUGGCUAUGUCAUUAUUGUUGUUAUUUGUAUGAACAUGUUUGAUCUUUAAGAUGCAUUGGUUGUUAUAUAAUAUUUAAUGAGUCCUCAUUAG